AUGCAACAUAGCCAAAGCCUUGCGACACCAAAUCCGGAACUCGCGAUCAACGUCCAUGUGGUCGAAUAUUUUGUUCAAGAGACAACGAAACCUUUGUCGACAUACACAACUACUACGAUUUUUGCAGACAUAAGGCCAGCCCUAACCCAGGCAGAAGCAGAUUCGAACAAACGGGCCGUCCCGGCAAGCUUGCCGCAGCUGCGAGAUCUGAGCAGACCCGGCCAACUGGGCCCAGCCAACCCCAGCCCCACCCUCAGCCACAGACCAACCAGCCCAAGGCCCGAACCAGAACUCAACCCACAGAAAGACAUCCGCAUCCUCAUUCAAGUCCGCAACAACUGUGUGCCACCUAUCCGGCCAGAUCCCACUAGAUAUGCUGCCUUAGAGAUUGUUACUUUUCUGGUGGAAAGCCUAGCUCUUUAA